UCCACUGGCUGAUGAGAGAACUUUUGCUCCACUCAUCAACGGCCUUCUUUCUUCCACACAUUCCUCAGCUUAAAGACCUUUAUAAAAAAAAUCUAAAUCCACAUGCUUUCAGUCUCUCGACACAUCAAUCAUGGCUUCUAUUUCCUCCAACCCCUCCUACUCCCCCUCCUCCUCCUCCUCCUCCUCCUCUUCAGUGCAGCAGCAGCAGCAGUAUCAAGUGUUCAUCAACUUUCGAGGGGAGGUGCGAAACGGUUUCGUCAGCCAUCUCUAUAAAGCGUUGUUAAGAAAUGGGAUCUACGUCUUUAGGGAUGAAGACGAAAACAGAGGUAAACAUCUGAACACUCUUUUCUCGAGAAUCGAGGAGUCAAAGAUCGCGCUGGCCAUCUUCUCGAGCUUGUAUGCGGAAUCAGAGUGGUGCUUGGACGAGCUGGUGAAGAUCAAGGAGUGCGUCGACUCAGGCAAACUUGUUGUCAUCCCUAUCUUCUACAAGGUGAAUACUAGCGAUGUUACCAAACAAGAGGGAGUUUUCGGUGCGAGGUUUAAGGAUUUGGUGACUAGGACUAGUAAUAUUGAAAAGUUAUUCAAUUGGAAAAAAGCUUUAGAGGAUGUUCCACAGAUAACAGGCAUUAAGUUAGGCGAGAUGAGCGAUGAAGCUGAAUCCGUAGAGAAAAUUGUACAAGAAGUCAUUAAAGAGCUUUCGAUGGAUGUGGCUAAGGAAAUCCCCGUUGCAGGAGACGAAGAAGAAACGCAUGAAGCUCCCAUUACCUCCGGAGACGACGACUACGACGAAGAAAUGCCCGAAGCUCCACUGUUUGACAUGGACGCACGUCUUGAGCAAUUGGUAGAGAUGUUAAAUUUCGAGUGCAAGAGUACACGUACGAUUGGUGUUGUUGGGAUGCCUGGUAUCGGUAAGACCACCCUGGCGGAUAAGCUGUACGAAGAGUGUGAAGGGAAAUUCCGACGCUGUGUUUUUCUUCGUGAUGUCCGUGGAAUGUGGAGAGGCAACACCAUGGAUCUGUUGGAGCAAAUGAGAUGCGAGAAUAAAGGAGAUGAUAGAGUUGAAGUUGGUCGUUAUCGUUUUGGUGUUUAGUCAUUAUCUUUUCGAGUCUUUAGGCUCAAGUAUUGUUAGGAGUUAUCUUGGUUUUCUAUGCUUAAGUUUCGGAGUUAUCUAUUGACGUUUGUAGGCUAUAUAAUGCCAUAUGUUUUCAAUGAAUGAAUUAAGU